GGGGCGCAGCUCGGCGGUGCUGGGCUGGCGCGGCUGGAGCCGCCGCCGCACUGACAGCUCGGUCUGCGGACCAUGGAGGUCGGCGCCGGCCCGCGCUGGCUGCGCCUGCUCGCCUGCCUGCUGCCGCUCUGUCUCGCGCUGCUUUUGGGACGCGGGCGACCCGGGACCGCCGAGGAAGUCAUUCUUCUGGAUUCCAAAGCCUCUCAGGCUGAGCUAGGCUGGAUUGCACUGCCAAGUAAUGGGUGGGAGGAGAUCAGUGGCGUGGAUGAGCAUGACCGUCCCAUCCGCACAUACCAAGUGUGCAACGUGCUGGAGCCCAACCAGGACAAUUGGUUGCAGACGGGCUGGAUCAGCCGCGGGCGUGGGCAGCGCAUCUUUGUGGAGCUGCAGUUCACACUUCGCGACUGUAGCAGUAUCCCUGGCGCCGCAGGCACCUGCAAGGAGACCUUUAACGUCUACUACCUGGAAACCGAGGCAGACCUGGGUCGGGGGCGUCUCCGUCUUGGAGGUAACCGACCCCGCAAGAUUGACACGAUAGCAGCGGAUGAGAGCUUCACGCAGGGAGACCUGGGUGAGCGCAAGAUGAAGCUGAACACAGAGGUGCGUGAGAUCGGCCCGCUUAGCCGGCGGGGUUUCCACCUGGCCUUCCAGGACGUGGGCGCAUGCGUGGCGCUGGUCUCUGUGCGUGUCUACUACAAGCAGUGUCGCGCGACCGUGCGGGGCUUGGCGGUGUUCCCAGCCACCGCGGCCGAGAGCGCCUUCUCCACCCUGGUGGAAGUGGCCGGGACGUGCGUAGCACACUCAGAAGGGGACCCCGGCAGCCCUCCACGCAUGCACUGUGGUGCGGAUGGCGAGUGGCUGGUGCCUGUGGGCCGCUGCAGCUGCAGUGCGGGAUUCCAGGAGCGUGGUGACAUCUGCGAAGCCUGUCCCCCAGGGUUUUACAAGGUGUCCCCGCGGCGACCCCUCUGCUCGCCGUGUCCGGAGCACAGCCGGGCCCUGGAAAACGCCUCCACGUUCUGCGUGUGCCAGGACAGCUACGCGCGCUCGCCCACGGACCCGCCCUCGGCCUCCUGCACUAGGCCGCCGUCCGCGCCCCGGGAUCUGCAGUACAGCCUGAGCCGCUCCCCGCUGGCGCUGCGGCUGCGCUGGCUGCCCCCUGCCGACUCCGGCGGCCGCUCCGACGUCACCUACUCGCUGCUCUGCCUGCGCUGCGGCCGCGAGGGCCCGGCGGGCGCGUGCGAGCCGUGCGGGCCGCGUGUGGCCUUCGUGCCGCGCCAGGCUGGGCUGCGGGAACGCGCCGCCACGCUGCUGCACCUGCGGCCGGGAGCGCGCUACACCGUGCGCGUGGCCGCGCUCAACGGCGUCUCGGGCCCGGCGGCCGCCGCGGGAGCUACGUACGCGCAGGUCACCGUCUCCACCGGGCCGGGGGCACCCUGGGAGGAGGAUGAGAUCCGGAGGGACCGAGUAGAGCCCCAGAGCGUGUCACUGUCAUGGCGGGAGCCUAUCCCAGCCGGAUCCCUUGGAGCCAAUGGCACUGAAUAUGAGAUCCGGUACUAUGAGAAGGGUCAAAGUGAGCAUGCUUACUCCAUGGUGAAGACUGGGACACCUGCAGUCACUGUCACCAACCUGAAGCCAGCUACCCGCUACGUCUUCCAGAUCCGGGCCACUUCACCAGGGCCCUCCUGGGAGUCCCAGAGCUUCAACCCCAGCAUCGAAGUGCAGACCCCAGGGGAGGGCACUUCAGAGUCCAGAGACCAGAGCCCCGCAGUUGUUGUUACCGUGGUGACCAUCUCAGCCCUCCUCGUCCUGGGCUCUGUGAUGAGUGUCCUGGCCAUUUGGAGGAGGCCCUGCAACUAUGGUAAAGGAGGUGGCGAUGCCCAUGAGGAAGAGGAACUGUACUUCCACUUCAAAGUCCCAACACGUCGCACUUUCCUGGACCCUCAGAGCUGUGGGGACCCGCUGCAGGCUGUGCAUCUGUUCACCAAGGAGCUGGAUGCGAAAAGCAUCACACUGGAGAGGAGCCUGGGAGCAGGGCGGUUUGGGGACCUGUGCUGUGGCUGCUUGCAGUUACCUGGCCGCCAAGAGCUACCUGUGGCUGUGCAUACUCUGAGAGAUGGCUACUCAGACUCACAAAGGCUCAGCUUCCUGGCCGAGGCCCUCACCCUGGGCCAGUUUGACCAUAGCCACAUUGUGCGACUGGAGGGGGUUGUCACCCGAGGAAGCCCCUUGAUGAUUGUUACUGAGUACAUGGGCCUUGGGGCUCUGGACAGCUUCCUCAGGCAUCAUGAGGGGCAGCUGGUGGCUGAGCAGCUGUUGGGACUUCUGCCUGGACUGGCAUCAGCCAUGAAGUAUCUGUCGGAGAUGGGCUAUGUUCACCGGGGCCUUGCCGCCCGCCGUGUGCUGGUCAGCAGUGGCCUCAUCUGUAAGCUGUCUGGCUUUGGGCGGGGCCCCCGAGACCGAGCUGAGGCUGUCUACACCACCAUGAGUGGCCGGAGCCCAGCGCUCUGGGCCGCCCCUGAGACGCUUCAGUUCGGCCACUUCAGCUCUGCCAGUGAUGUGUGGAGCUUUGGCGUCGUCAUGUGGGAGGUGAUGGCCUUUGGCGAGAGGCCCUACUGGGACAUGUCUGGCCAAGAUGUGAUCAAGGCUGUGGAAGAUGGCUUCCGGCUGCCACCCCCUAGGAACUGUCCCUCCCCCCUGCACCGACUGAUGCUUGACUGCUGGCAGAAAGACCCAGGCGAGCGGCCUAGGUUCACCCAGAUCCACAGCAUCUUGAGCAAGAUGGUGCAAGACCCAGAACCUUCAAAGUGUGCCACAACCGCCUGUCCCAGGCCUCCCACACCCCUGGCAGACCGUGCCUUCUCCACGUUCCCCUCCUUUGGCUCCGUGGGGGCCUGGCUGGAGGCCCUGGACCUGUGCCGCUACAAGGACAGCUUUACAGCGGCUGGCUAUGGGAGCUUGGAAGCUGUGGCUGAGAUGACUUCCCAGGACCUGGUACACCUGGGCAUCUCCUCUGCUGAACAUCGAGAAGCCCUCCUGAGUGGGAUCAGCGCUCUGCAGGCUCGAGUGCUGCAGCUGCAGGGUCAGGGGGUGCAGGUGUGAGUGCCCCCUUUCUUCUAAGGUAGGCCCAGCAGGGGCCAGACCCCAGGCCUGCCCAAGCAACGAUCCUGGCGUAUUUGGGUGGGGGUGAACGCUGUUUUUCUCUUCAAGCCCAGAGCUGGUUUGGGGCCACAGUGUCCUUCAUUUCACUGCCUGCUUUUUCCAUUUUCCCUUCUGGCCUGGUGCCCUUGGAAAAGAGGUUCAAAACUGUGGGGAGGAAAUCCAGGGUCUCAGGGACAGAACUGAGGCAGAGAAUGGGAGACAGUAGAUUUCGCUUGCUCUGGCUCAUGCCCCUCUGUCUUCCAUACCCACUGGAGGUUGGGGCCUCCCCAGUGAGUGACCCCUUUUCCCACAGACUUGUUGUCCAGCCAGACAGCAUGAGCCCCUGAGAGGCAGUGGCCACAGCUGCGGGGAAUCUUGGUCGUGUGGGGCUGUUCUGGAGGGGCAUACUCCCUCCUUUUUCCCGGCCUGUUGAGAUGUGUCUGCAUCCUCUCCUGAGGCCCAGGGAGGCCAAAGUGGUACAGAGCUCAGGGGCUGGACCCCAAAGUCUAAGACUCAGGCACUGACUGUGUCCUUAUCCUGGAAUGGCAGUGCAGAAUGAGUGGGAGGGUCCUGGCUGGACCAAGUGGUCCUGGUGCUUUCCUGGGGCUCCACAAGGCUCCCCAUUUGCAUUUGCUUUAUGCACUGCCUGGUGGAACAUGAGGGGACAUGUUCUGUCCGUGGUGAUCCACAAGCCUUGCUCUGCAGCCUGCGAAGUGGUGAAAAGGACACUGGGAAACAGCACUGUGCGAUGUGGAGUCACAGCCUGUGAGACUCGGAGCCGGAAGUGAGGUGGAGUGAACCUGGGAGGCUGGCUCUGGAGGGAGUCCUUGGCCUUGCCAUCCGGCACCAGCCUUCUUCUGUGGGGCAGUGCAGUAGAUGCUCUAGAGGUGACCCUCUCAUGCCAGCUUGGUCCCUGGGCCCACCUCUGAGGGGCACCUCUUACUUCUGGCUUCUGCAGAGCCCUGGGAGAGUGGCCGUGUUGAGCUGAUUCCAGGAAUCCUUACCCAGAAGGGCCCUGCAGCAGUAUUGACUCUGUGGCCAGGAUGUGAUCAGGGCUGUGGAGGCAGAGUUUGCUCCUGUGAGAGAUGCCCAUUGUGGCGGGGUGGGGGUGGGGGUCGUGGGGGGACUGGUUGGAAGGCUGAGAGCAGGAUUGCAGGAGAGGUGAAGGAAACACAGAGGCUGGCCCUGGGGGCUCAGACUGGUGGGGAGAUGAACUCAGGUGCAAGAACUAAUCAAGCUGCAUUCCGCCAGUGUCCAGGGACCCCCAGGAGCCCUUGGGGUCAGUAAGAGGGUGGGCUGGAGGGGCCAGUGGACAUGCUCUUGACAUGGGUGUGUUGAGCGUUGUCCAGAAAGGUAUUUUAGCUGAAACAUAGGUUGACAGAGCCUUGAGGAGAGGGAUUUCUUUCAUUGGGGUGGGUCGAGGUCUCUUAGCCAAAGACAAGAGGAGACUGCAAGGACUCACUGAGAAGGAGCCAAGGGCCUGACAGGCACAGCGCAGCUCCGGGGAGGACCUGUGACGGAGGCCAGUGACUCCCAGCAGUGCCUUUGGCCUCACCCUGCCAGUAGCAGCUCCUCCUCCUCGGAGCCCCCACACCCACUCUGGGCUACCCCCCCUCUGAGACCUGCGUGAGCUCGGUGGCUUUGGGGCUAGUGGGGCAGGAUAAGUACUGCUUCCACCUUUGACAGGGCUGGUGGUCCCUUCCCGCGCCCCCCCCAUCUCUCCUUUCAUCACCCUGUCCAGGGAACUCUGGGACCAGCGCCCUGUCUCAGGUGGACAGAAGCUCACCCCUCACCAGCCAAAUCAUUCUCUUAAGGUUGAAGUGCUCCUCCCCUAACUGUUGUGUGGAGGGACUCCUGGCUGCGUUGGAGGACUUCGGUGUCCAGGGUAGACCUCCCCUCCACUGAGGAGUGAGGUCCAGGAUAGCUAAGGGUCCCAGGCCUUAGCCCUGUGCAGGCACAGACCUGACGCGGGGCAGUGGGUCGUGGGGAGCCCUUUAAAGAUCUAUUUUUAUAUGUGGAACUUGUUCACUGGACAGGAGGAGUGGCCUGCAACCCCCAUCACCCCAUCUGGGCCCACCCAGGGAGGGAAGGGCCCUACUGGGGAGGUGACUAAUUUUGGAGAUUUUUAUAUUUAUUGGGUUCUAUAUGCAGGACAAAUAAAAACUUGUCUGUGA